GGACAACCAAAACUAACCCUGUGUUAAAAACAGAUAAGGCGAUUAACAGCAAAAAUAACACUUCAGUUCGUUUUCCUUUUCGUUCAUGUCAAUUCACUUUACGUUAUUUAACCUUUGACUGGAUCUUGUAGUUUGUAGAGUCUAAAAACAGGCUGAUCGUUUUCUGAUAUUCCUCCCAGAGAGGCAGAGAGAAACUCCGUGAUAGUUCAAACUCGAGAGCCGGAAAGUAACAACUAGAAGGAAGGCUAAUGUUUAGCAUUAACAAGAGGAGGUGCGUGUUUUUCUGCAACAGUUCAGAUGGCUGUACGCUGGCUAUGCAGCCUGUUUGGGAAGCCCUUUGAUGGAGGGAAAAGGAUGGACCAUGGUGUCCCACAGCAGCAGCAACAGCAUCCGAUGGAGCAGCAGCACCAGCCGUACCACCCGCAGCAUCCCGCCAUGAUGCGGCUGUACGAGGUGCAGAAGGAGGUGGCGUCUCUAGGGCCUCAGGUGUGCACCUUCAGCGGCAUGCAGAACGACCGAGACUACAAGCGAUUGGAGCGUGAGCUGACGCGGUUGCUGCUGGAGGUGGACCAGGUGGACACUGAGGGAAAACCAGAGCUGCAAGGGGCGAGAAAGAGGGCGGCGCAGGAGGUGGAGGGCUUACUGCGCUACCUGGAGGAGAACGCCACACAUCCAUCACGCGUGGCCAUCGAGGAUCUUAGCAACAAGGCGCGGCAGCUGGUGGAUGAACGCGUGGUGGAGCCUCAACGUUCAGGUGGGGUCACUGAGAUAAAUGAUGAGCUGGUGGACGCCCUGCAGGAGAUCGUGCUGAGGCUAACCCAGGUGAAGACUGAAGGGAGGGUGCCUCUACGCAAGGCACGCUACCGGGCGCUGACACGACUCUGCGCGGUGCAGGACGUCCUGGAAGGUCGCACGCAGCAGCAGACCCUCUCUCUGCCUCUGUCAGGGGAGACCCAUGAGGCUGUGAACCGCAUCAACCAGGUGAUGGUGAAGGUGAGCGUGGCACGCAGUCAGCUGGUGGCUCUGCUCAUGGGGCUGAGCGGGAGGGACAGCUGCGCCCACCUGUCCCGGAUCCUGACGGAGAUGCAGGUGGAGCUGGACGCUCUGGAUGUUUCCGGGAACGCGGCGAUUAGAAACUACAGGAAACAGGUGGUGGAGGAGAUAAACGGGCUGCUGAAACAUCUGGACCUGGAGGGGGAGGGCGAGGACACACGCAGGUACGACUUGGCUCAGAACAACUCCAUCCGUGAGAUCGAGGCGGUGCGAGCUCACGUCUCCCACCUGCGAGAGGGCGUCCUGCGGCACUCCAUGAUGGGCGACCUGAACUUCAGACCCAAAGCCGAGCUGCAGAGCCUCCUCAUCCACCUGGACGCGGUGGACACGGCCAAGAACCCGUGCAUCAGAGAGGCUCGCCGCCGCGCCGUGGUCGAGGUCCAAGCCAUCAUCACCUUCCUGGACCUACGCGAGGCUCUCCUCUGCCGCCAACCCGGCCCCAGCGAGCACCCGUCGCACCGCACCGUAUGGCUGGUCCUGGGCAGCCUGUCGGACCUCCAGGCGCAGGUGCUCGGCUUCGACGGGAAGCGGGCCGAUAAGAGCUACAUGAUGCUGGAGGAGCUGCUGACCAAACAGCUGCUGGCGCUAGACGCUGUGGACCCGCAGGGCGACGACAGCACGAAGAUGGCGAGGAAGCAGGCGGUGAAGUUUGCGCAGAACAUUCUGAACUACCUGGACAUGAAGACGGACGAGUGGGAGUAUUGAUCCACGAGGAGGGGGAAGCCUUGUUGCUGGGCGGGGACACCUGAUGAAACAUCGCUGCUGGAAUGAAAGGAUGAAAAUGUGUGUAAAUAAAAAAGAAUAAAAACUGGAAUGUUGUCGUUCCAAAGGCUGUAAAUAUCGACUCAAAUCCCCAGAAUGCACCGCAGCAGCGCUUUUCUUUCGUCUCUUUGUGGUAGUUGUGGCUGACCCUGCAACACUGAACUCUUUUUGUGGAACACUCUUUUUAUUUCUUUGGGUGCUCUUUUGAAGAUUUUCUUUGAAACUCCUGUGCGUGUGUGUCUGUGUGUGUGUGUGUGUGUGUGUGUGUGUGUGUGUGUCUGUGUGUGUGUGUGGGUGUGGGUGUGGGUGUGUGUGUGAGAGAUGUCGUCAGUUGUCGUCAUGUUUGGUUGUUGAAGCCUGCUGCUGCCAAAGCACUAAAUAAUGCCUGUUAUCGUAGUUGUUUCCUCCAGACUGCACUUGAUAUUGACUAAUUCCCUGAAUGUGAUGGAUUGCUUCACAGUUCCUUCCCUGUCUGGUCUGAUUUAACCAGUUGAUGGUGGAGACAGCAGAUGUGUGUGUUUAUCACGGUGACCUGAUUAGGGAGAGUCCAGUGCUACCAUGAGACCAGACCUCAAACCAAAACACAAAAAUAUCAAAUUUUUUUGAGUAUUUUUACUCAUUUUGUAUUGAAAUUAAACUCAUUCUGAUUCAGUUUGAUCACUUAAACUAAAUUCAGAUUGGACAUUAAUUCAAUCUGCAGUGAAAGUUGCUUUAAACAAUGAGACUUUUAGGGGCAUUUAUAAAGCAGCAUCAAACGGUGAGCCAGAGUUGUUUCCACAAACCUCACGCUGCUGUUGACGAUGUGCAAUCUGUGUUUAAACAGAGAUGUAAUUAGAGACAGAUCAGUGGGAGUUUGCAGUACCGGUGUAAGGUCACCCUCCACCCUGUGUGACCCUGUUUAUCCCCUCAGCGUUUGGUCAGUGUUUCUGGUAGCGCUCCAGUUCACAGGACUGUGACAAACUCCCCAAAACCCUGCAAACUGCAGCUGUCGCAGGCAGCCGGUCCAAUAACAGACACAGACGCAUCGAUAAAGUGAACAGGAAACCGAAAAUCUGUGCAGGAAUAUAAUCUUGUCAGCUGUGAACAGGAUGUUUGAGAGAAAGCAGGAUGUUUGAGAGAUAAAAGUACCUUCCCCUCUUUGCUGCUUGUGUAGCUGUUAGUCUGUAAUGUGCUUCAAAUGUUUGUUGUGACGUGUGUGAUCGCGUAAGGCUAUAAAUGGAUCAGGUUUGAAUUCAGAGCUAGAGAAGAGGAGGCAAAUUUUCUUUUCUAUUUCUUUUUUUUUUUUUGCUGUUGCUGCUGCUUUUUGUUUCUACCCACUGCUUUCUCCUGAGUGUGACUGUGAGAGGUCCCUGGAGAGAGAGGAAGAGGAAGGGAGGCGGCGAUAUCCUCUGGAUUGACACAUCAAGGCUGGAGAUAACAGGGCCAACAGUUGAGUCCUGCGCAGCGGAGGGUAUUGACGGUGAUCAAGGCCGACUGAGCCUUCUAGAAACUUCUCGAAGCUGCCGCUGCUCGAGACAGUGGGAGGGAGGGAGGGGAAAGACUGUGAGAGAAGUCCAAAUCUCUGUGCCUUUAUUUUCACCCUUCCCUUUGAGCUGGUUCGUGUCGUGCAGCGACUAAAGCAACGCAGCUGCUCAAUCUGAUAUGUAUCCAUGCUAAAGCACUGAAUGUGUUUAUGGAGAGCACCUUGGCCGCUAUCGCCACGAAACAUUUGCACUACUCGUCAGAAAUUUUCAAUUCAGUAUUUGUCCCCCGAUGAAGACCGAAGGUGAUGGCAUUGUGGUCUGGUCAAUAAUUUGCAGCAUCACAGAAGGAUAACAAUCCAUGCUGCAGGCAAUAAAAAUGAGUCACAAUGUGCUUUCACACUGCAAACAGCCUCCAUGACAGGGUGCUUCUGCAAAAAGCAAUUUGGCAGCUGAAGCCCAAAAUUUAUGGGACAAAACUGAAUAAUUAGCAGAUUAAAUUGCAUCACAGCGAUGACCUGCAAAAUAAAUACAUUCUUUUUGAAGAGAUGGAAACUGAGAUUAUAUUCUCUGCAGAAGACUUUGAGCACUUGACCUUAGAGACAGCAGCUAACAAAUUUAAAUGAAAGGCGUCUCAUUUCGGAGCUUUCAUUCAUAUCUUAGAGUCUCUAUCGGCAGAUAGACUUUUCCCAAAAUGUAUUGAAAUUCAAUUUUUUGACGAAGAAUUAACUUUGCUGACUAGAAUCUUUCAGUGUGAAAGGCUCACAGAAUGUAAUGGAUCUAUAGCAAAUGACAGAGCAGUUUAGCCUCUUUCAGCUUAUUGUUGUUGUUUUUAACAAAACUAAAUUCCUUUGAGCCGCUCUAAACGCUCUAAACGCUCUACAGUGUCAUUGUAGCCUAAAAGCUUUGACAAGCCCUCUAUUCUUUUUUUUAAGUUUUUUUUUGCCUUUAUUGAUAAGCAGGAAAUGUGGGGAGUAGAGAGUGGAGGAAGACAUGCAGCAGAUGGUCACAGCCGGGAAUCAAACCGGCGACAUCUGCGACGAGGACUGUAGCCUCUGUAUGUGGGGAGCUUAGACCGUUAGGCCACCAGCGCCUAUAAGUCCUCUCUUCUUUUCCUUCUUUAAAGCAAGAAACCACAGCCAGUGAGCUGUUGGUGAACAUUGUAGAGCAUUUAGCAGCUACCAAACCACGAUUUCUCCCAGGAGCUGGUGGAGACCAAAAAAGGAGCAAAAAGAGACAUUAAUUCAUCAGAUGGGCACAAACAUGGCUCCAAAUGAAAACCUCUAUUAUUAUCUAAGUGGUUCCCAAACUUAAUCUUCUACUUACAUCACAUCGCCACAUAAAUACAUCUCCACAUACACUAAAACACACGGUCAAACACUGUCUGCAAAUAGAUGUAUCUGUUGAAUUAUUGGGAAUGCUGUCUGCAAUAAAAACAGAACUGCAACUUCCAAAUUUCUAAUGUCCAUCCAUCAAAAUCCCUGAUUGGUUGCAACCCAAAGUUUGGGAAGCACUGUAUUACUUCACUGGCUUGCCAUAUUGACUCUUAAAGGUUACAAUGUGUCUGUGUUGUGUUUGCUGCCCUGAAGUGACCAAAAUAUCCGUUACUAGAGAUUUAAAGAAAUAAAAGUGUCAGCAAUUCUAGAAAUGAUUUUAAAACUCUUUGGGCAACUUGAAAGAGAGGACGCCCAAACCUUCUCAGCUGCAACAAUUACAAGUCUCACCUCUGGGUUGACAGACUGAUUGUCCUCAACUGUGCAUAUUAAAAGUACUUUAAAAGAUUGGAAAUGUAAGCAUGGGAAUUACAUUUUGCUGAAAAGAAUUGUGUCAUGAGAGAAAUUCAAUGUUAGAUUGUUUUGUCAAGAAGUCCUGGAAAAAAAAGAGGGAAGCCUUGGAUCUCAUCUGAUUUUGUUUGACAGCUGAUGACAUCAAAAACUUUGCUCUUUUGACUUUAUCAGCUUAUUUUCCUCUUUGCAGUGUGAACACAACAUUUAAGGGUUCAAAUGUCCCGAAAGUUUCAGAGCUGUAACCAAUCAUUCCAGCUUUGUUACUCAUCCCAGCCUCUUUGACACUCGUCGUGUGUCGAUGCUUUUUGGAUGCACAAAACACAAUCCAGUGAACUCCCACAGACCCUUUUUUUCGUGUGCAUUAAGCUGCUGCUGCUGGAGGCUUCUUUCUCCAGCUGGUAGCCUGCAGCGCGGCCUCCUGGGUAUGGAGCUGACUCAUGUGGGAGGAGAUUAAAUUAAACAGUGUUCAUUAAACAUUGUCAGCCUGCCUGGCUGCUGUUGCAACAGAUGCUUUCUCACAGUGAACCUUAUGCUCUCUCAGACCAAACCAACCCGGACACACCUUAAGUUCACAUGCUCUUUUUUGUAUGCAGUAUUAUAUAUAAAUAUUGUACAUUUGAUCUUGCAGUUCUCUGCAUUUCUGUACAUUGCUUGCUUUUUAAACUUUCAUCUGAAUAAUUUAUCAAAGUUUUACACUAUAUAAAGAAAUGUUGCUUAGAUCCUUUUCUCUAUCAUUGUUUGAAGUGUCUCGAAACCAUUGGAUCAUUUUUAUUCUGUAUUAUCUGCGCCUUCAUGAGUGGGCCUUCUGGCAACCCUACACAUUUUUACUCUGUGGUUCAAACUUUAAAGGAGGUAGGCAGUGAGGUAAAUGUUUCUAAAUGUUUUCCUGAAGUGGAGGUUGUUUGAUGUAGUCUAUGCCAGCAAGGCCAAGCGUGUAACCCGCCCAAAAGUCCAAACUUUUACGCGUGCACAUCCUUUUCUGUGCUGUGUACAUACGGACCCACGUACAGAGUAGACUCGCAAACCAAUUUCUCUCAAAAGAGCUUGAAUUGACGGCAGUGUUUAAAUGCAUUUUGUGGCUGUAUGUGAUUCAGAGAAAGAAACACUGAUUUUCUAGUUCCAGAAUAGUGAUUACUUAUUUUUAUGACAACGAGUAGUCCUUGCAUGAGUGUGAAUGUUUGUCAGUGACUGAUUUAAAGGACUAGCGACAUUUAAAGGAUAAGGCAACACGUGUUAUCUUUCUAACUUCUGUCUCUAUCUCAAGAAGACCCAAACCAUAAAUCUUUCCCUUAACAGAACGCUAACUUUUCACAUCAGGUAAAAAAAAAAGCCUGGUCAUUAUCUUAACUGUAACCUUUUUAGGAAACGUUGGCGCGUUUGAAGAGGAUUAUUUCCAUCUGCAGAUUAAUCUAAAGAGGAACAUGUCAUCUGGUGACAGUGAAUAUGUUAACAUGCACAAAACACUCUUUUUCUGACAGUAAUCUGAUUACAUGGCAGACAAAAACAUGGAAGUGAAAACAAUUGAAGGUCUAAUUCCUGAAUAUUUUCAUGUGCUGUUAAUAUGACUCCAAAUAUAUUAAUUCAGCUACCUUUUACUAACUAUUUUGUCCCUUUCUUUAAACACCAUGUCAGUCAGGAUCACCCGGGUCAAAGAGAAUUUUCAUAUGCAUGCAGGAAGUUAUAUUUGUCUAUAUAUGGCUCUGUUCUGAGAGCUCCCCACCCUUCCACAUGUGUACGUGGAAUGCAAAAGCCUGAGGCGGGGAAAGCACACCUUGCCUCGCUUUCAUGUGCAUACAUGAGAAGCCAAGGCAGGGAGAGCAGCAGCAAAGACCCCCAGCUACAGAACAGAGUGAGCACCUGUGACAAUAUAUAUGAAAGUGGUAAAAUCAGAUACAGCAUAAAAAGGAGGAGCUGGGGUGGAGGGGGGGUGCACACACCUGUCUGAGCUGUCAGCUGACAGGGGCUGAGUCGACUUUGGGUGAGCCUGAGCUAACGUGAUGCUCGAUUAGAGAAAAUAAAAAGUGAAAUAUGGCAUGGAUAGGGUUUAAAAUGUAAGAUUAGAUUAAUAGAUGCUUUAAUAAGGAUGCAAAUUUUAAGUUAGAGUAAAAGUGCUUUACUGAAUUAAUAAGGUUCACCUGCUCCUCCUGCCUGCACUCACAUUCUCCUCCACCAAGACGCCCUGUAUCCCUGAACACACAGCUAAAACACUAAAAGCAGCUCCAGGUCGUCUAGAAUAUCUGAACUUGGUGGCACUGGAGUCCAUUAGUGGAGCGUUUCAAAGAUUCAGAUCCAGUGGGUAUUGAAAGGCAGCUGUUUGAUGUCCAUCAGCCCUUUGGAGGACGAUGCAUUUACACUGAACAACAAAUGGAAAGUGUCCUGCAGAUUCAGACGUUUGACGUUUUUAUUUUCCUUUCCUUUGUAUGAAUGUAGCUGUUGAGGAAUGUUUUUUUUCUUUGUAUUUUAUGGUACCAAAGUUUAUUUCAAUAUGGAAGGAUUAUAAUUCAUUUGGGGAUUUGAGAUGGCGACAGAAAGGUUGUGGAGAUGAUGUCUUUACAGUCCCUUGGGGAGAGUAUGACGUUCAUGGUUGUUAAAGGAAGGUGAAAUGUUCCACAAAUCUCCAAAACAUGGCUGAAAGAAAAUGUUUUUAAAGAAAGAAGAACUGAACACCAGCUGAAAACCUUUUUACAAACCACAACCAAAGUGAUCCUGGGUGUGAUUUUAACUUGAAGCUGUUAACACCUCUCCUGUUGAUGUUAAGUUACAGGUUAAAGAUCGGCGGCCACUUGCACCAGCUGAAGGUUGAGUCUCAAGCCAGUGCUAAAAUGACCAAUUCUGAAAUGUGAACCACUGUCAAAGUGAUGAGUUGUCAUUAUUUAUUGUAUAAACCUAAAUACCUGUGGAUGCUUCAAAUAAUCAGAGCAACAAAACGUGACGUAAUCCUGAGCUGGUUUAAGAAGUUCCAAAACCCAAACCCCAGGCUUCUGGUAGAACAUGAUACUCAGGCUUUUAACGUUACAGUAUGAUCCAGUUUGUUGUUUAAUUGAAGCGGUAGCAAACCCAGAAUAUUCCAAUGUCAGCGUCGGCCAUCUUGGUUGUUUACAUUUGUAGCCAGUCACAUUAGCAAGACAGUUCUUACCCAGUAUUGGUUGGUUCUUGUUAUUUUCUUCUUGUGUACUCUAAACUUAGGGCAUCAUGCAAGACCAUUUUUGGAUGUUCUAAGUCAGGUAUAAUGUACAGUAAACAGGUGGUUAUGCAAAUUAGAAUCCUAACAAGGUGAGCAGGACCCCAACGCAAGGAGUCACCCUGUCAGCUCCUCCUUCUCUGAGCGUUGUAGUUGACACAACUUUCAAAAUAAAUGAGGCAAACGUCACAACUUUGAACAGUGUUGCUGUUCUCACUAACCGUUAAGUUGCAUUGUAGCAAUCUGCAACUUAAGGCUCAUUUGUGCUUUCUUUAUGUAUGAGAAAAGUCCCACACGUCUUUUAUGUUGGGUGUGUAGAUGAUGCAUCCACAAACUUGCCUCACUUCUCCUUCGAACCGACAUUCAGUACCCGUCCAAACUCCGCCCAGCUGUCCUGACGUAGUUGUCGGUCAGUGACUAGGUGAGUUAGCAUUUUGCGGAUGUCUAUAGUUUUUAACCAACUAGCACACUCUUUCCUCAAAACAUUCCUCCAUUUCCAAAGUUAUUGUUCUUCGUUGUGUUUUUCCGGUCUAGCUUGAACAGUUGGCUACACUGCUUGACAUUGCCUCCGCUAUUUCCAGUGGUCAUGCAACCCUUGAUCCGUAUCCGCAAGCUUCCAGAAAAUGUGCAGAAAUACGGACAAAAUGAACCCAGAGUCUGGCAGAAGGCUCCGUCCAUAUAUGCGUAUUGCACAUCGGGUAUAAAUGAGCAUGUAAAGAUGCUCUCAAAGCGUUGGUGCUGUUGCCUGGAUUGCAGGACAGGACCUUAUAAGAAUUGGUAGGGGCCCAGUAGCUCCUCAGGCUGAUGUCACAUCUGUGAACUCUAACUGUCAUUAUUUCCCAACAAGGAUGAGGUUUUUGCCACAGUGUCAACAGGCAGAGGUUAAAAAAUGACUACUCCUCUCCUGGAUUGAUUUGAUAUGACGUGUGAUCAGGCCGUCCCUGGCGUCACUUUUGUAAAUUGCUAUUGAGAACUAAUUAAUGAUGUUAUGACGUUUCAAUCAAUCAGGAUAACGUAUUUAAAACAGCGUGUUAACUUUUCCUCUUCAGGAUUUUUUAAAUGUCUGCAGAGGUUUUAAGCUUCACUUAAUCUAUAGCUCUCUGCAGGAUUAACCUUUUUAAAUGUUUUUCUAUGUGUCACACAGUCCUGUCAAAUUAUAUAACAAGUCUUUAAAGUAAAAAACCCAUUUUACAAAUUCAGACUCAUCCAGGUUUGGACUAAAUCUCAGCUGGUGCAAAUCCUGCUGAAGUCAGAAAACCUUCUAUUCAAUGCAGGAUGAACUUGAAGUGAUGAAAUGAGGUGAUUUAUGAAGUGGAGGGAAGGAUGCUAGAAAGCAAAACUGAAGGAGAGGCUGCAAAUUUGACAGGAGAGAGAAAUUCACCGAGCCUGGAGAUGUUCCUUAUUGAGCUUGAGUUCUUUUUUUGUUGUGCACUUUUUAUGUUCUUUAGUCUCUGUUUGUUCUCACUGUUUUGCCUUUCUUUCUGCGAAUGGCAGGAAUGUGUUCUGUAACGGUCAAAGGUUCUGCAUUGCUGUUAUUUUCCAGAUCCGUUUUCUUAAGUCGCCUUUAACUGCAUUGAUUGUGACAGACUCUCUGCUGUUUCUCCUCUGAGACGCGCUUGUACAAAAAGCACACAAAGACUGGAAAAAAUAAUCUGUGUGAAUGCUCCAUGGAUGGUUGUGUUUUGAAUUUGUAUUCCCACUGCAAAAUAAAGACAGUGCGUCUUGAACACUGAA